AUGAAUGGCCGACUGUAUGACAGCCAUCAGAGCGAGCGCUCGGUGAGCAAUGUGGAACUCCGUGAGCGUGACCCCGAGCCAGUCAGCUACCUGGCUGGACUGGCUGGCAAGAAGAAGCGGGGAGAGGUGGAGGACGGCAAGAGAUCCUGCCCUCGCGCUAGCAUCCUGAUUGUCCCUGACGCCGGUAAUAUUGCAGGCAACAGUGCCGCUCACGUGCAAAAGAUGGAUAAAUGCCCGAGAGAAGGGGUGAUUCUGGAGACACAAUCGCAUCAUCUGUGGACUGAAGAUGUACGACGCGCCACGCAGAAGGAGACGAUGAAGACGGAAAAGGACGACGAAACCUGCCGCCGACAAGGCAUAUACGGUUAG